CUCCGUACUUCAGGUCCAAAAGCGCUGCUGAUCCCGAAGAGAAAAUUCACAGAAAGUUGGGCCAAAGCAGGAUGAAGAACUGCGGGGACAAUGACUCCAAUCCUACACACAAUGACAAUCGUGAAGCACAAGAAGAAAGAUCAGGACUCCCUAACUCUUGUCUGUUUUGGGGGUGUUUGUGGAUUUCUUCUAUCCUGGUAGCUGGAUCAAUCGUCUACAUGAAUGUAAACAUGAGCGAGCAGCAGGGAAGUAUUAAAGACCUUACAACAGAACAAAAGCAACUGACUGACGAAAUAAAGAUGGUGAAGCUGAGCCAAAUGAGUCGAGAGAGAGAAGAGCUGAUCCGAGAAAGAGAGGAGGUGACCCGAAGGAGAGAGGAGGUCACCCGAAGGAGAGAGGAGGUGACCCGAAGGAGAGAGGAGUUGAACCAAAAGAGAGAUGAGCUGAACCGAGAGAGAGAGGAGGUGACCCGAAGGAGAGAGGAGUUGAACCAAAAGAGAGAUGAGCUGAACCAAGAGAGAGAGGAGGUGGCCCGAAAGACAGAGGAGGUGACCCAAGAGGCGGAGGAGGUGACCCGAAAGACAGAGGAGGUGACCCGAAAGACAGAGGAGGUGACCCGAGAGGCGGCGGAGCUGAAAUGGACCCUGGGAUUCUUCCAGAAGUUUGACAUCUUUUCAAUUAAUAACUACUGUCCUGCCAAAAGAUGUAAGCCGUGCCUGCAUGACUGGAUUUUCUUUCAGAAGAAAUGCUACCUGUUUUACAACGAAGCAGCUCCUUGGAAGACCUGGGAACAAAGUCGAAGGUUCUGUCAGGACAGACGAGCAGAUUUGGUUGUAAUUGAUGAUCUGCAGGAGCAGGAAUUUGUCAGCAAACAUGUCAAAUCCUACUUUGAUAUUCAGUGGGGAUACUGGCUGGGGUUACAACAAACUAACAACACCUGGACCUGGGUGGAUGGACGUGUAGACACGCUCGGGUUCUGGAUGAAGGAGGAGCUCAAACCUGCAGGACCAAAAGCCGGGCUGAUGCCAGGAAGAAAUCCCUCAGAGAGCUGGAACAAAGCAGACAGUUUCUUCCAGAACAAAUUCAUCUGUGAGCACGAAGCUUUCCAAAGUCUCUGGUGACGUAGGGCUACGGCCGUAACCGAAGAACGCUUUGAAAACAUCGCGUACGAUGUGCACAUCCGCCGAGAGCGCAG